CGAGGACACGGCGGGGUAGUACCUGCCCUAGCUUCUUGCGGCAUUUCCCUCUUUUCAACGAUCCAUCCCAGGCACCCCCCCCUCAACUCUUUGGCUGGACAUUUUUUCUCUCUCCUCGCGGGAGAUUCGCUGAGAAGAUGGCGACACCUUUCAAGCCCACAUCGUACCCACGUCCCGACUCACCUCGCCUCGUCCCACGUUACAUGCAAAUCUGGAGGCGCUUCGAUAGAAACUUUGAAAGUCUUCAUCGAGCGCGAGACUUGCAAGCACCACAUCCGAACGCUCAGUUCCAUACUGAACGUCCAAUUACUCGCACGCCUCGCACGCCUCGCACGCCUUGCACGCCUCGCACGCCUCGCACGCCUUUCCCAACAAUCCGGUCGAGAGCAACAGUCAGGCCUUUUGUCCCAUCAGCCAUUUGUAUUACCCCCUUGACGCGCCGCGCAUCAUUCAACAACCCAUGACACCCCAACCCAAUAGAGAUGACUUUUGAGCCCUGCCUCGCGCGAGCGAGGCAAGAUGCGGGCAUCGCAUCGCGAUCAGGGGGGCCAGUUUCCCGACAAGC